AUGGGACUUCUCGCAGAAAACAAGACCCGACGAAAGAUCAACAAGGAUCCCAACAACACGAAAUGGACUAAAGAUACGAAUACCUUCGGACAGAAGAUCCUGCGCGCACAGGGCUGGCAACCGGGCCAGUUCCUAGGAGCCCAGGAUGCGCCGCACUCGGAGCUACACACUGCUGCCAACGCUUCUUACAUUCGUGUGGUUCUCAAGGAUGACAUGAAGGGAUUGGGCUUCAGCAAGUCCAAGGAGGACGAGGUUACUGGUCUCGACGUAUUCCAAGACCUGCUCAGUCGACUCAACGGAAAGGCAGAAGAAGCUAUCGAAGAGGAUCAGCAAAACCGACUUGCUGUCAAGACACACCAUUUCGUAGAACAACGAUAUGGUGCCAUGCGAUUCGUAUACGGUGGUCUUCUGGUUGGCGAUGAAAUGAAGGAAGUAGAAGAUAAGGCGGCCGAGAAGAAGGAGGCAGAGACAAGCUCCGAAGGAGACGUGGUUAUGGAAUCCGCACCCACACCAAAGGAGUCCAAGAAGGAGAAGAAGUCCAAGAAGAGGAAGGCAAGCUCCGACGACGAAGAGGAAGAGUCCUCCAGCCGUGAUACCGACUCCAAGAGCAAGAAGAGGCGCAAGGAAGAGCGCAAGCGAAAGGAGACCGAUAGCGACGAUACCAAGGCCAAGAAGGGGAAGAAAGAAAAGAAGGACAAGUCCCGCAAGAAGUCCUCCACAGAAGUCUCAGACGAUGAAGAUGCCACCCCCUCAGAAGAACGAUCCAAGAGGCGCAAGUCCAAGUCCAAGGAUAAGAGCCGGUCACCAGAUGGAUCAGACGAGGAGAAGGUAAAGGACAAGAAGUCCAAGAAGGAAAAGAAGGACAAGAAGAAGCGCAAGAAGGAUGAUGAAUCAGCGAGCGCGGCGGAUUCUACACCCGCGGCUUCAGUCCCUGGAACGGGAGUAACGACACCUUCUGGCACAUCCACACCUCGAGGUAGCAGAAACUUUGUGCGAUCACGAUUCAUUGCGCAAAAGAGACAGGCUGUGUUGGAUACCAAGGCACUGAACCAGAUUUUUAUGGUCAAGGCUUAA